AUGACGCUAUUCAUGCAAGCUCUGGAAGAUGCAGAAAAACAAAGAGAGCAGAACUGGCCGCUUGAACGGCAAAACAAAGGACGUAUGUCAACUGCUAUGCGCCAAAGUUUUGAAGAUGGUACAUUCUGGUUCGAACAAAUACUGCGUUCCGUUCACACCUGUAGCGACGAAUUCUAUUGGCCACAUCUAAAACCAUCUCUAGAGGAGAGGAGGCUGCUCAAUAUUGGAGUUCCGGACGAAGAGGAGAUUGAGCAAUUCGUAGCUCGGAAGAUGGAAGAUCUGGAGGCAUACAACAAAGAGCUGAAAGAGAAGAAGAACAACAAUCAGCAGACUGGAUCAGAAAUGGAAUCGAGGAUCCAAGAAACCGAUCAUGUAAAUGAUGAUACCGCUGUUGCAGAGCCCGAAGACAUACAACACGAGGAAGCAGAAAUACAUCUAACAAGCCAGUCAAGAGACCAAGCAUAUACAUCUACAUUUGAUCGUGCAGACAGUGAAGCUGCUUCCCAAGACCCGCCACGCACAAAUGCAAUUGCGGACACCCGGUGUAUCGAGCAGGCAGGAACAUCCGCAGACGACCAUGUGGACGACAUUGCUGCGGACUCUGCAGGAUAG